GCCCGACUUCUGUCUCGUAUCUGUCCUCUGCCCGCCGGAGUCGUCAAACGUUGGGCGAAGAGGGCUGCCGUAGAUCCAUCCUUGCUCGGAAGACUGGGGGAGGUGAUUGUGCGCGUUUUGCCGUGUGUUGGAAAAGUGCGGGAAACAGAGGACGUCGAGGUCCUUCGACGGUCCAAAAAACAAGUACGAAGAAGGCGAGAGGUUGUUGUGUGCGGUCGUCGUUUAAACGAAGAGCGGGAGUGAGCGGAGCUAGCCUGAGAGGGAGGAAGGCAGCCAGCUGCUGGACUGCGGAGACAAACCCAUGGCUCCACGGCGAUGGGCGUUGUGCGGGCUGGGUUACACUGCCGCGUUGGCGCUGCUAGCUUUCCAGGCACCAGCCGCUAGAGCCCAGGACUCGGACACGUGCGUGGAGGUGGUUGCGUCUAACCUAGAGGAUGACGACUUCCCUUCGGCGGACACCCUCUAUACCAACAGCCUGGGCGACGACGUGCGAGGGGAGUACAUCAGCGAGGACGGGGGUUACUUCAUCUGGUACUCCCCCACAGUUCCUACCGAGUGGACCUCAGAGACGCCAGCGGCUGGCAUCGAGGACUGUAACGGCGUUUGGGUUCUUUCCUCGUACCCCCUGGGCGACAGUUUCACGGACACUGUGUGGUACGAGGCGUCGGAUAGUCCGCAAUGCCAGACAAACCCUGCGGAGCUCACGUCGACGUGGGUCAGGGUGGAAUCGGACGGGGACGUGACUACCGAGACAACAGUAGAAGUCGUUUGCGAUACGCCGGAGGUCGUGGAUGGCGACAGCGAUGGCGGCCUUUCGAACAAGACCGUCGUCGUGCUGCUCAUCGUCGUCGGUGCGGGUUUCAUGCUGCUCAUGUGCCUGGGGGCCCUGGCGUGCUGCAUCCACAAGGGACCGCAAGCCCCCGAAGAGAACAUCUUGCCGCCUGGAGAGCUCCCGGAGGAAGGCUCUGUCAUCGGCGGAAAGGCGGGAGCCUCCACCGAGCCCGGAUUGCACGCCCACCCGGAGGUGCAGGGCGCACAACACCCCCGCCCCGAAAACUGGGCGCCUUCGUACACGUCGAAUAGGAAUGGCGCUAUCCCGACGGGGUCACGGUCUGGUCCCUCCGUUAGGUCGAUCGGAUACGCGUAAAAGAAAAGAUUGUCCCAUCCUUCGUCCUGGGAUUUAUGGAGCUUUGGACCCGUCGUAGGAUGGAUCGAACACCGGAAAAAGAAAGAGUCGUAGGUUUUGUGGCGUCCCCUGUGAAGAUGGCGCUGUGGUUAGCUUUUGGAGGUCUCUUGCUGGCUGAACGGAGAUGUGUAGUGUAGGUCUUUCUCCCUUGGGGUUAUUUAUGGGCGGGGGUACGGGGGUGAAUUCAUCGUACUGCAGACUGGGUCGAUUCGAGGAAAAAAAAAACCGUUUUUUUUGGCUGCUGACUCGCCUGGUAGAGCGGUAAAACAAAAAAGUCGGCGUUUUUGUCACGAUUUGUUCUGCGCUUGACUGUCUGGUACCACUCAGCACAUGUAGAGUUUGCUUGUCGCUUCGGCUACGCGGCAGGCUCGUUACCAGUUGUCAUACUUGGCGCUUGUCGGUUUGCUGUAGCUGUAGCGUGCACAGAACGCCAAGCAUCUCAGGCGAAAGGGGCGGAGGGGGGGGGGGUCGUCGAUGCGUAUUUUUUCAUGUAGCAUAGGUAGACUCGGGCUAGUUGAUAACGGCACGUUUAGUGACGGACACGCAGGGGAAAAUAGC